CCAGUGCGCAUGUGCGGAACGAACAACAUCGCACGUGGGGUGAACGUUUGGACUGGCUGCACGUUGAAGAGUUUACGAAAGCUAAUAGAGUUAAUAAAAAAAUAGAACCUUUCACGUUUUGUUGCGCUUUCCAAGUCAGGGGAUAAACUAAAUAGUCCUCCGUGAAGCAUUUCGCCGAGAGGGCCGGAAUACCAGAAACAAUAAAAAUCAGCAAUGGCUGAACCUCAAGUGAACCCGAAGGCAUACCCCUUGGCCGACGCCACUCUGACCAAAACCAUCCUGGACCUGGUGCAGCAAGCAUCGAACUACAAACAGCUGAGGAAGGGAGCCAAUGAAGCCACCAAGACCCUAAACAGAGGCAUCGCUGAGUUUAUUGUCAUGGCUGCUGAUGCUGAACCACUGGAGAUCAUCCUCCACCUUCCACUGCUCUGUGAGGACAAGAACGUCCCGUAUGUGUUCGUCCGCUCCAAGCAGGCGCUGGGCCGGGCCUGUGGGGUGUCGCGUCCCGUCAUCGCUACCUCAGUCACCAUAAAGGAGGGAUCUCAGCUCAAACCACAGAUUCAGUCUGUUCAAAUGGCCAUCGAGAGACUGCUGGUGUGAAUUUUCUUAAGCACUGUUUUAAGAAAAGCUCAAAAGGAUAGAUGGAUAAAUUUGAACAUUGUUUUGUUUUGGUUUAAAAAAAAAUCGCAAAACAAAUUAAUAUUUUUGUCUGUUUUUUUGAAGAUAUUGAUUUCAGAUUUGUCAUGUUGAAGAGCCAUCACCCGUUUCUUAAUAAAGACAUUUUUUUAGGACUUA